AUGUUUUAUGUUAAUCCAUUUCUGAUAAGCUAUUUAUGGAAUCUUUUUAUGAUAAUGACUCCCCUUUUAAAUUGAAACAAUGCUUCUACUAUUUGGUAAAUAAACACAUUUUAAAUUCAAAACCAAAUGGAUUUUUAUAAGUAAAAAUAAUAAUGUCUAUGUAAAGAGCUUGAUACCCAUUUUAAGGUCACCAACACCAACCCUAUUGUUAAUGAAGGAAUUCAAACAGAAUGCAAUUUAACAAAGUUAGCACUUUAAAUUUGAUUUUAUAUUUUUUAAAUCUAAAAUUUCAUAACAAGAAUUAACCCCUCAAAUUGGAACAGGUUUUUUGCUCUAAUGUGAGAGGAAGGAGUAUACAAAUACAGCGGUAUUUGAAGUACAGGUUUCCCUAAAAAUGCAAUCGAAGAAAUUUUUGAUCUCUAUGAAGUAGCAGCUGAAAUUACAGGGAAAAUGUAUUCUAGCUUGCUUAUUCUUCCCUCUGUGAGCGAACAAAAACUUUAUUCGCCCACGAGAGCUUAAUUUAUUUUUAUAAAAUUUAUUUAUCAUUUUUUUUCAAAAUCCAAUUACCAACUAAAAGCAAAAUUUAGUUUAAUUUAUAAAUUUUCAAGCUGAUUCAAAUUCAACAGAAUUAGCUAGAGAAUUCAUUAUAAUAAUUAUCACUUAUAUAUUAAAUAUUUUUUUCAUAAAAAAUUUUUAUAUUAAAAAAAUCUUUUGCUUGCUCACGAAGGAUGAUUUUUAUCGCUCACGGAGGAGUUAGCUUAAUCUGAGAUGCAGGAGAGAUUAUAGUCUUCAGAAAAAAACUAGAAAAGGCUAAAACAUGAAAGGAAUGGAGAAAUAUUGCUGAAAAAAUUGAUUAUAUCGAAGGUAAAGAAGCUUGAAAAAAGAGGGAACAAAGCCCGCUUUAUGACUACAGACUCUUAAGAAGACGUCUAAUGCUAAUCCGAAGCUUGCGUGAGAAAAAUGACAUCCAAGCUUUAGUCCAUCAUUUACGAUCAGGACUAUAUCGAGGCUUAGGUGGAAGCUUAAACCCCCAACUUUAUCAAAAAUGCCUUGUAGAUACCAAAUAUUUAGUUAUGGAGUACCAAGCUGAAGUGUGUAAUUCCCUCAAAUUCAUUUUGAACUCUCCACAAUUUCCAUUGAAAUCUAAAUUAACUUUUUUUUCUGACUCAAGAUAUGCCUUUGGAAAAACGGCUUUACUUAUGAGCGGCGGCGGAGGCCUUGGAAUGUAUCAUUUAGGUGUUGUAAAAACACUUUAUGAACAAGAUUUGUUGCCAAAAGUCAUUGCUGGAACCUCAGCUGGAUCAUUGGUGGCUGCAUUUAUAGGGACAACUAAAUGGGAACAGAUCCCUGAAUGGUUUAAAAGGGACAAAAUAAAAUAUGGACCAUUUUCAGGACUCUUAAAAGGCUCAUGGAAACGAAAAAUCGCCAGGCUUUGGAAAGAUAAACAUAUGAUGGAUAUAAAAACAUUAGAAGUCUUUUUAAGAGGAAAUAUAGGAGACUUGACCUUUGAAGAAGCUUACGAAAUGACAGGAAUUGUUCUGAAUAUCACUGUUUGCGAGUGAAAUAAUCAUAGUGACUAUAGACUUUUAAACUAUCUGACAGCGCCACAUGUAUUAGUAUGAAGCGCAGCUUUAGCUUCUUGCGCGAUUCCUUAUAUUUUUGAAGCAGUCGAGCUUAAAUGCAAAGACCAUAAAGGAAACAUCGUCCCAUUCCGCUCAUCUGGGAUGAAAUUUAUUGAUGGCUCAAUUAAGGCUGAUUUACCAAUGCUGAGACUUGCAGAAUUGUUUAACGUAAAUGCAUUUAUUGUUUCGCAAACUAAUCCUUGGAUUAUUCCGCUAUUGACUGCUGAUGAUGGGGGAGGGAGCUGGGGAGAUUCUUUUAAUUUUAAGGUUUAUAGGCUCUUGAAGAAACUGAUAGUUAUGGAAUUUCGACACAGAGUUAAGCAGAUAAGCUUAGUAGGUUUACUUGAUUUUUUGACUUCAUUUUUAGGGAUUUUUACACAGGAGUAUAGAGGGCAUGUAACAAUUUGGCCUGUGCCAUCAAUAAAAGACUAUUUAAAUAUAUUAUCAAAUCCCACUGAUGAUGAUAUACAGAGAAGCAUAAGAAAAAGUGAAAUCAGAACAUUCCCAAAAAUAAACAUGCUACAAUCAAUCAUGGCGAUUGAAAAAACGUUUGAUAGCUGCUAUCAGCAAAUAAGAGCUAAAUUAAGAUUCAAAGAUUUAAGAUUCACUGUUGCGCUUCAUGGACAAGCUGAAGAUUUCACGAUCAGGGAAUCUCCUUUAAUUCCAGGAACGUCAUUGAUGCCGGACUCUCGAUAUUAUUUUGAGCAUCAUCUAAAUUUAUAUGAAGAUAUUAAUUAA